AUGGCCGCUGCUGUAGUUGCUCAUCUUUACAAUGCUCUACCUACCCUUGGUCACGCCGACGACCAGUUUGUUAACCGCAACCCAGUCUUUGCGCAGCUCGCAGAGUUACUUGCAAAGUACGACAAUGCGUAUGGCAUCUGUCUUGUCCAUUCUCACUGCAAGCUUGCCGAUGGGGAGAUCACGCUUGCCAAGGGAGACAUCUCCGAGCCAGUGCAAAUAGCACUCAUCGAACAACACUACCCAGAACGCUGGUUAGCUAAUGGUACGCCGUAUGAGUUCUCGACUCUCAAGACUGAUGACCCACCGCAAGAUCUCGUCAAGGAGUUUUACCGCAUCACACAGGGUUUUGGUCUACAGAACAUUCUUGGCUUCUACCAUAUUCAGGGAAGCCAAGAUGCUCCCGCCAUCAUAGAAUGGACCGAAGGCCGCAAGAAUCUCACUCGAGUUAUGACGGAAGAAGAUGAAUCUGCUCAGCAGGUGCAAACAGCUUGGAACUUUGGGCGUGGCAGCCCCAUCACUAUGGCUUGCACGAUUGUCUGCGAUAUUAGAACCACACGCAGUGAAAAGCCCAAUAAGCACAAAGGUACCUUAACCCAGCUACCGCUGAUUAUGUGUUCUAACCUCUGUUUGAAUGCAGGCACUCAGAGCCACCCGAAAGGUGGGCAUUCCAUUUAG